AUGGAAGAGGCAAUGCCCCCACCGCUCACGGCAAGAAAGCUCACGUUGGUGCGAAGCCAGAGCACAGGUUCCACUGCGUCGUCGUAUCCACAGAUCCCGCUUCGACAAUCUUCUUUGUCGGCGAGCCUGAGCGAUGGUACCAGCGGCCAAGGAUUAUCAACAAGAACACCAUCACUUUCCGAAAGUCGCCGUCAGAUUCGAGUUGUAAAGAUCCGGGAAAGAAACGCGUGGGCUUCUCAAUAUCCGAAUGGCUUCGAUCUCAAUCCAGCAGAUGACCCCUUUGAUGACAAGAACGCGCGAUUAUUUGUCGAUGAACAACAAGCAAAUCAAACUAGGAAUCGGUAUCGAGCCCGCCCGCGAUUGACGAUCCGCUGGAGUUCUGGGUCUUGGAACUCUUCCGGUUUAUCUGCACCUUCAAUCUCAACAAGCGCGUCAUUGUCAUCAAGGCCACCCACUCCGCAAAUCAAAAGUCUUCAGUAUUCUCAACUCAAAUCAGAAUACUUAAGCCCAAUGGAACUACCAGUCGCUUUCGUCGAUGUGAAAUCGACGACUAGUCGACCGCAGAUUGGCCUGGGACCCGUGUCUCUGUGGACAACCGUACAUGUGUCGGCCGACGUCAGCUCAGUUCCUUUCCCGGGAACUCCAGGUCUCGCUCCUCUUGAUGUCAUCAUUCUUCUUGAUAGUUUACCUCAGCCCUCGGUCAACCUGCUGACGCAGAUUAAUUUGGGGCCCACUGUAUUGGCAUCUGAUCUUGUUCACAAUCAUGACCGGAUUGCAUUGGCAUGCAUCGACGGAGCGGCGAAGCACGGGUUUGAAAUCUUGCUGCCACUGGGCUUCCAUUCCCUUGAUAUUGUUCGAUCGAUUUUGAACAGAUUCUCCCAACGCCAGCACCUCAUGAAACAUAGGGCACCUCAUGACCUUGGGAAUGUGAUUCAACAGGUUGCAAACAUUUUUGGCACUCCGACCAGACCGGCCUUUUGUCAUCUAUUCUUUGUCUCUGCCACCCCGCCAGAUCAUUUGUCAAUUCCGUCAAUUGACCAAGCCAUUGGAUUCCAUACAAUCACUCCCCAAACUUGCCUACCACUGACUCGGCCGAACUCCGAGUCCGGCUGGCAUAUCUCUUACGAUGUUGGCAUCGGGGAUGUGUGUCCUAACGGAACCCAUUUUAUACGCAAAGUGUCCAAAGUCAUCCAGCAGCUUCGUACUGGAAUAUGUCCAGGAUCUAUAUCAGACCUGAAACUUUCUCUCUCUCCUGGUCAUGGGUGUCUCAUACAAACAGUUAUAGAUAGCGCUCGGCUCUCAUCGCUACGUCCAGGCGAAACCUGGGUUGUUCCGGUACAGAUCAUUGUACCAACCGCCUCCAAGCACGCGUCUUCUGCCUCUGAAUCUCCGGUUCAUUCUCCUGGUUUCGAGGACUUGUUCACUCAGAUAAAUGAGCUUUUGGAAGACUUCACUGGUGAAAUUAUACAACCUGUCUUGACUGCUUCGGUCAAUUAUCGGCAUUCGCUUCUCCCGCCACUGAACACAAUCCAUGCUGAGACACAUCUUACUGUUGUCAGGAUGGAAAAUGACCGUCAACGCUGCAGAUCAAAUGUCAUCAUAAUUGGACAAGGUGGAGAGCUGGAUAGGUUCUGAAUAGGCGGGCAUUGCCUUGAAUCCUUUCGUCCAGCGUGUUUCUUUUUAGAGUUGUUUUUCUAUUCUUAGCCAUGGUUUUCCUUUUCGACGUGCUAUACAAUAGGCUUCUAGUUAUUAGGAUUCGAGCUGUGUAUCUUUUGUUACGAACAAUUGAC